AUGGCAAACUCCAAGUUCGAGUAUGUUCGGAAUUUCGAGCAGGCAGAUUCUUUGCUCCCAAACACCUGGAUAGUUGUCCGCAUCGACGGGCGGGCCUUUACAAAGAUGUGCGCCAAGUACCGUUUCCAGAAACCCAACGAUCGCCGGGCGCUGGAUCUAAUGAACACGGCCGCCAAAGCUGUGGUCACUGAGCUUUCCGAUACGAUUAUCGCAUACGGCGUGAGCGAUGAAUAUAGUUUUGUGUUCCAUAAAUCGAGCAAUUUGUUUGAGCGGCGGGCGAGCAAGCUCGUCAGCACCGUGGUGUCGACAUUUACGGCCAACUAUGUUUACUCGUGGUCGACGUACUUUCCAGAUGCGCCGCUUUCGCCCCCUCUGCCGACGUUUGAUGGCCGGGCCGUGUGCUAUCCAACCGUGCAGAACCUGCGAGACUACCUGAGCUGGCGGCAGGUGGACUGCCAUAUAAACAACCUGUAUAACACAACUUUUUGGUCGCUUAUCCAGCUUGGAGGGCUUGAUAAUAAGGAUGCGGAGCGGACGCUUGCCGGAAGCCUGGCAGCCGACAAGAACGAGAUUUUGUUUUCAAGAUUCCACAUCAACUACAACAAUGAGCCCGAGAUUUACAAGAAAGGAAGCGUCGUUUUCCGACAUUACGAGCUCGUCGAUCCCAACGGCCACACGGUGGACACGGACACGGACGCGGACGGGCUGGCGGAGCCCAUACAGCAGCAGUCCAAGAGUCGAGCGGAAAAGGACAGGAAGAAGAGGGCCAAGGCCAGAGUGGUGGUCGAGCACAUGGACAUGAUCAAGGACGAUUUCUGGGACAGGCGGCCGUGGAUCCUGUCCAACAAGCCCGGCAAGGUGCCCAAAGAGGCGUGA